GCUUGUUCAACGACCCCCCGCCCCUCUUCCAUGACAGUCUUCUCUGCAACUAAAUCGUCAUUGUCGAAACCAAGAAACAGCUAUUAGGCGUUAAUCAGGCGGCGUCGCAUUGGCGUUGGACUGGCGCGAAUAUUCCUCCACUGGACCACGCCAGCACCAACACCAACAGACCAAUACUGUACAGCACAGUCAGUACAUGCAGCAGCAAGGCACUUGACGCUUGAGUCCGUUCAAUGACUGCUUUCUCGAUAAUCUGACCUGCCUUACCUAAUUGUACUUCGACUCGACAUAUUGGCUAUCACUGAAACGUCACCAAUGCCCCGCGUGAUAUCUGUCGCUUCAUCGUUUUGACAGCCUCCUGCACCCAACCAACCAACCAUCACUCCCGCCUUUGGGACACCAUCCGCCACCUAUAAUUCAGUUUCUUAUGCCAUGAAGCGGACAGAAUGGCUUUUCAGAGCAGCGUUCUUAGAGAUGGCGAGUGGGUGACGCAGACCGUCAACUUUCAAGAUGCCUUGAAAGCUUCUUCCACCACGCCCAAAGUCGCCUCAGAUCCAAGUCUCAAGGCACCUGAGUGUGGAAUACUCUCUAGGACUAUCAUUGAGAGCCCUGUCGUUCAUUGGAUUCUCCCAGUUUGCUUACGAUCGCGCUCUCACAACGAUAUCGCAUUCAUUGGUGAUCGCUUCGUCCAAAUCAGCGAACUCCGCGAUGACGGACAAGUGCAUGAGGUUAUACGAAAAGCUGACUUUGGCACACGAAUCCGAAAUGCGAUAGUUCUGGGAAGUCCGCCCAAGGGAGACAUCCCUGGCGCAGCCGCUGCUUCAACCAAGACCGAAGACGCUGAUGUUCCUAUGAAAGAUGUUGCAGAAGCCAAAGAAGCCAAAGAAGCCAAAGAAGCCAAAGAAGCCAGUGAAGGCAAAGAAGCCAGUGAAGGCAAAGAAGCCAAAGAAGCCGAAGAAAAGCGAGUACUACCACCGCAACUACUGGUCCUAAUGCUCGAGACAGGUGAUGCCGUUUUCCUCUUCAUUCAAGAACGCUUAGAUGGGACACUGCGCUUUGUAGCUACCACGUUUCAGAGCCCCAGGAAUCUACAAUUCUUGGGGUAUCACUUUUCCAUUGACCCUUCGUCGCGAUAUAUGUCUGCUGGAUCCGCUGAAGGUGGAUUCAUCAUCUACGAGCUGGAGUCGCUGUCCCACAUGAGCACUCAAUAUGAGAGCUGCGGAUCUCUUAAGCCUAUCAAGUCUACUCGAGUUCGGUUAACGCAGGGCGUCAUACACAAAAUGGAGUUCUUAUAUCCACGACCGGAAGACGAUUACCAUAUUAUUCUCCUAUUGAUCAUUGUUAGACGUGAAGUGAGUAAGCAGGCUCACGUGUCUCGCAUGGUCGUCUACGACUGGGAGCUUGGUGACGAACUUACCGCUGUAUUUCGGUCAGAGAAAGGGACACCACUACCAAAAGAGCACCGAAUGCCUCUCAUGAUCAUUCCCCUCAAAGUCAAUACUGCCUUCUUGGCAGUUUCAGAACACUCGAUUGGCAUAGUAAAGAACGCAUUCACGGGGCAGACGUCGUUCGAUACCUUGGAAACACACUCCCCUCAACAGACCAGGUUGCAUCAUGGAGCUGCCGAACCGCUCUGGACCACCUGGGCGAGACCUUUUAGGAUUAACAUAUACCUGGAGAAGAUGGAUGUCAUUUAUCUGGCUCGCGAAGAUGGCGUUAUUGCACAUAUCGAGAUCGAUUCGCGAGAUCUAGUUCCAACAGUUAUGACUCUCGGAACCAUCAGCACCAAUAUCACAACCGCUUUCACUACAGCUUAUGAUGUCUUCUCGGAUGUUUUGAUAACUGGCGGCGACUCUGGUCCAGGUGGAAUUUGGAAGCUUAUUCCCCGCAAAGAUCCCCAACAAGUCAGUGUCAUUCCCAAUUGGUCCCCUGUGGUCGAUUUGGUUACGACAGAUACCAAUCCUUCCUGGAGGAGUGAUAGCAAGAGGAAAGAUCUCUCGACGAAACGCAAGGUAUCAUCGAACUCAAGACCGAAGUCAGAUCGCAUCUUCUGCACGUCCGGCCGUGGGCCCCGGUCGAGUUUGACGGAAUUGAGAUGGGGCAUUCAGGCACGGAUUGGCCUUGAGUUCGACCAUGACCAGCAUGUCCGCCAGUCCUGGAUGUUCCCAGUUGAGGCUCAAGGAGAGCGAGGCUUCUAUGCCAUUUUGUCACUGCCGCAUUCUACUGAUGUCCUUCACUUCCCCGCUGAUCUCAGCAAUGCGAAUGCUUUGUCACCAGAGGCCUGUCCAUUCGAUACAUCAUCGCGAACAAUCUCGGCAUUUCAGACAGAACAGACCGUGAUAAUCCAAGUCAGCGAGACCUCUACGUAUCUUGUUGCACCUACACAGAGCUCACGACACAAUCAUGGUGAAGUCUGUGGAAAGUCUUCAUUGCUAGCUGAGCAUGCUUGCUGCACAGAUGAUAUCGUGGUGAUAUCUUCACAUGGUGCAAACGCUUCCCAGCUUGAUGUUUUGCUGGUUGACCAAAUGAAUCUGACGCACUCAACCUCCAUUGAUGCCAAAGGAGAAAUAACCUGCAUCGGUCUUUUCAAGGCGUCAGCACAGACCUACAUCAUUGCAGGUUCUGUUACGGAAGGGUUGCCACUCUUGACUAUAUACUCGCUGGCUGGCCUCGAAAUUAGCAGCAACGUCACUCAGCCAGACCUUGUUACUCCUGGUCAAGAAGGUCACUUUCAUAUGGAAGCAUAUACAAGUGUGCUAGCCAUCCAUGAUACCGCUGAGAAGGUCAUCUUGGUGCUUGGCACGAGGAGCGGCCAUCUUGUGACGAUCCUGAUACCAGGAGAGGAUAUUGCUCAUUACUCACUUUCAAUUGAACAGAUUGGCAUUUCACCAACCAAUGUGUUUCCAGCAUCUAGCCUCUUUGAUGGAAAGCACGCCUUUUUCGCAUGCUGUGACAACAGCCUAUCCAUUAUGACGGACUUUUCACCAAAGGGCAGCAGAUUCAAGACCAAGACCCGAAUCUGGGCAACCGACUCGAACGAACCGUCAAUGUCAUCACCCCCCGUGCAUGCAGCCUUUUGCCUCGAAGGCAGCCUUUCUGGAUACCAACGUCAUAUGUCUCUAAUGUUACUGUCUGGGACACGAGUUCUCCUCGUUGAUAUUUGGCCGCAUGUUGGACCUGUUCCUCGUAGCAUUCUUCUCGGCGGAACACCGAUGCGCGUCAUCUUUUCUCAGAUUUGGAAGGUCUUGGUGGUUGCACACUUGAAGGACGAUCGCCCAACGCUCUCCUUUAUCGAUCCCGAAAGUGGUGUGAAUGUCGCAACGGCAGCUAACAAGGACAAGCAGCCGUCCGAUUAUAUUUCCGGCCUAGGACAUCCAGGAGACAGGAUAUUUGGUCUGUAUGAGUGGACCUAUGUCAAAGAUGGGAAACUAUUUCCGUUCAUCAUCGUGACCACUCAACAUGGUCGACUGAUGAUUGUGUCUGUGACAGCGCUCAAGCCCGAGAGCGACGAUGGCCCGACGAGAAAACUACAGUACUGGACCCGAUAUAAGAAGAAAGGCUUCGCCGAGCCUAUUUACACAGUCGUUGGAGAUGAUGUGGGUCUCCUAUUUUGUGUUGGAAAGGUUCUUCACUGGGAAGUACUCGACCUUGCAGAGAAGAAGCUCAAACCUAUGAAGCAGUUCAGGCUGGAUUCCCCAGCCACAACCCUGCGUGUGGAAGGGACAAAAGUCUGCGUCUUGACUGCUCAACACUCGCUUCAGGUCAUCGACCUGAACGUGGAAUCAGAAAAUAGUGACCCUUCUAUUAUCCAUAGCGACCGAGUGACUCGGUUUACGGGACAUGUGAUAGAGAUGGGAGACUCUGAAGAAGCGCCAGGCAAGUGGCCGGUGAGUGUUAUAUCCACGGCACAAGCAGGGUUUGCAGGAGUUUGGAUCCCAUGGAGCCAGCGCCAUAAAGAGUUCGAGGUUGUCGUCACAGGGAGUUUGCCCACAUCUAUCAGGAGGUUCCGCAAGGGGCACACUCGACCUUUUUGGUCGGCUGUUGAUCGCCAAAGACGAUACAAUACUUUGUUUAGUACAGCGGACCAGGCAGACAUACUGGGAGUGUCUAUUGAUGGUUCACUACAUCAAUUUUCAUUAGUAGGUCUGGAUCUUUGGCGUUUCCUCAGGUUGAUACAGAACUUGGCAUACCAGGAUAAGAAGAUUUGUUCCUUCGUCCGGAACAGUCAAUCGUUGAGGGACAGUGAUCCGGGGAUGGAUCUGGAUCCAGAGCUUGAGCCCCAGCGAUUCCGGGAGAUGAUGCAUAUAGACGGUGACCUAUUGAAACGUUGCCUUGAUAUGAGUGCGCUGGAAGAGCUGGUGUUGAUUGGAGAUGGCAUCGAUUUGUUUUGCGAGUACUUGGAUGGAAUUGACGAUGGCAUAUAUACCGAAGGUUUCCGAGAGACUGGCUCUCAAGGACGAAAGAAGUACAUUGAGCUGGGCUAUGAGAUUCUCGAGUAUGUUCUGACUCUAGCAAUCUGAGUUAGGAACAUGGCGAAUCACAUGGAAAGGCAUUUAAUAUGGUCUAGAUAAAAUAAUGACUCUUGACGAUAAUAA